AUGAAGAAGUGCGAAUGUCCAUUUGAUUUGAGCGCAUACAAGUUGAAAGCAAACAAUGAAUGGAAAUUGAAUGUAGUUUGUGGACUGCAUAAUCAUCUAGCUGCGGAGCAUCUCCAAAGACAUUCAUAUGCAGGGAGAUUGUCAGCUAAUGAGAAGUCACUGUUACUAGAUAUGUCAAAGAGUUUGGUUCUACAGAAAGCUGGUAAAUUCCAGAUGCAACAACUGCUGGAUGACUCAGCGAAGCAUAAGUACAUUGAGUGUCAUCGAUGUGAGGAAGGCUCUAUGACUGUCACGGACUUGUUUAAGGUACAUCCAGUGAGCUUUGAUUUGCUUUGUACAUUUCCUUAUGUGUUGAUUAUGGACUGCACAUAUAAGACAAAUAGAUAUCAUCUUCAUCUUAUUGAAAUUAUGGGAGUGACAUCAACUCACAUGGCAUUCUCCGUGGCUUUCGCAUACUUGCAAACUGAGCGUGUUGAUAACUAUGCAUGGGUGUUACAAACAUUGCGUGAUCUUAUGGACAACAAAAUUUUACUUGAAGUCAUUGUCACAGACAGAGAGCUUGCCUUGAUGAAUGCCAUUGACAACACCUUUCCGAAUGCUUGA